CCGGAGCUGGGGCCGGAUCGCGGCGGCUCCGGCGGAGCCCCCGAAGUUUGCGCUGCCGGCGGAGGGCGGCCCGCGGGCCUUGUCCCGCCGCUUCCGGGGCUCCGCCGCGCCGGGCGGAGCGGGCCGGCGGGCGCCCGAGGGAAGCGGGCGGGCAGGCGGGCGGCAGCCGACCGCCGGCAGGACGGACCGGGCCGAGCCGAGCCGAGCCGCGAUGAAGAAGCCGGACGGGAAGGUGGUGCUGCUGGGGGACAUGAACGUGGGCAAGACCUCCCUGCUGCACCGCUACAUGGAGCGGCGCUUCCAGGAGACGGUCAGCACCGUCGGCGGCGCCUUCUACCUCAAGCAGUGGGGGCCGUACAACAUCUCCAUCUGGGACACGGCAGGACGGGAGCAGUUUCAUGGCCUCGGGUCCAUGUACUGCAGAGGAGCAGCUGCUGUGAUCCUCACGUAUGAUGUGAACAGCCUCCAAAGCCUGACGGAGCUGGAAGAAAGAUUCUUGGCACUGACAGACAGUGCGAGUGCUGACUGCAUCUUUGCUAUUGUUGGAAAUAAAGUUGACCUCACCAAUGACUGUGCUUUACCACCGGAUGAAAAUAAACCUGAGAAGUCUGUUGCCAGCUGUGGCUCGAAGGUGCGAAAACAAGUCCAUGCAGAGGAUGCGAUUGCGCUCUAUAAAAAAAUACUGAAAUACAAAAUGCUAGAUGAGAAGGAUGUUCCAGCAGCUGAGAAAAUGUGCUUUGAAACCAGCGCGAAAACAGGAUACAAGGUGGACUACCUCUUCGAAACUGUGUUUGAGAUGGUAGUCCCAAUAAUUGUACGGCAGAAAGCUGAGGGGCCGCCGCAAACUGUAGACAUCACAGACUACAAGCCAGCAAAAAGGACAAAAUCUGGUUGUUGUGCCUGAUCCAUUUAAGUGACGUACGAAAAAGGGAGGGAUUGUUUGCUCCAGCAAACUGAGGAGUAACAAGUGCUUGCUGUUCACUGGAAAGGAAAAGUCAAAGAAUAACUAGACUGAAAUGGUGUAUGUGGAAAAAAACCAAAAACAACCAAACCACAAAUCUUCUGGCUGUUAAAGGUUUCUGGGAAGCUCUGUGUAUGAAAAUAGGAAUGUGAGCGAAAUUACGAAGGAAGACUUGCCAGUUUCCAUGGUCUCUGAAGACAAAUGGUGUGUUAGUACAGUUGGUAGCGACAGUCAUUUGAACAGUUUUGAAGGAGUCUGAUUUUUAAUGACUCUCCAUUUCAUGUUGCAUGUAAAUGAUCUGUUUGUGUACUCCUGACAGCUUUCACAUGAUUAUCAUAUUUCCCCUUGUGAUUCUAACUUUGGAAGAUUCAACACAUGGUACUUUUUUAUUCUUAAAAAAAGAAAAUCCAAGUAUAAUUUAUAUUUGUAGCUAAUAAUUACAAUCUUUUUAUGUCAGAUACGACUGUAAGAUUCAUCAGCUGAACUAUUAAAAUCACUGUGGAUACAUACUGUUAA